AUGCUACGAAAAUUUCAUAAUGUUAAUCAAAAAGCCAAUACAUCAUUAGAUAUAGCAAAUUCCGAAAUGAAUAGUACCGGUGGUUCAAAUUGGUCGAUGAAUAUAUUCCGAGACGGGUUAGUGCUUCUUAGAGCGACAAUUACUAUUUCAGGCGACGAUUGGAACAGUAUUCGACCUGUUAGUAGAAUUUAUAAGGGUAGGGCGUAUAAUGUAUUAAGACAAGGCUGGACUGAUGUAAUGCAGAAACAAUUGUGGCAAGAACAUCGGUUGCCAUGUUGCUAUGCUUUCAAAAAUCCAAAAGUUAACUUAAAUCCAGGAGAAUCAUGGUUAUGGAUUAAAGGUUUAUGUAUCGAAUGUGGUGAAGGAAUUGAUUUGUACGCGCCAGACAAACAGAUGACCAUAUCACGCUCCAAAUUUCAACAAGUGAUACAAAAAAUAUUGAGCAUAAAAAAAAAGCGUCAAUUACGAGGUGUACUUAGACAACGAGUAAUAAAAGACGUUACUGCUCAGUCAACCUAUGCUUGGUGUAGACAGAAAGCCAAUGAACUUAUGGAUUUUGAAGAUAAAGUUUCCGCGUAUUUGUACAACGAAAAUGUUUUACGUAAGUCAAAAAGAAGAUUCAAAUUCCUCUUUAUUUUUAAGCAUUGGAAUGACGAUAAAUUAAAAUGGAACGAAUCCGAUUAUGAUGGCAUAGAUUCUUUGAAUAUAGCAGCGCACGAAAUUUGGCAACCGGAUCUUAGUAUUUACAACAGUGCUGGAAGUGUUGGAAUCGCUCAAUACAGUACACAUUGUGUCGUUGAAAGUUCCGGUACGGUAUUUUGGGUGCCCUCAACUCAAUUCACAGUGCUUUGCAGUUUUAAUUUAUUAUAUUGGCCAUUUGACAAACAAAAUUGUUCGGUACUAAUCGGUUCUUGGACUUAUCACGGAAAUCAUGUCGAUAUUACAGUUGAUAAAGACCAUUCGGUUAUGAGUAAUCUUCAUGUUAACAGUACGGAAUGGGUGAUUACUAGUUUAAAAUAUUUUCGGGAGGCUGUGUAUUAUCCUUGUUGUGAAGAACCAUACCCAACGAUAACACUUACUGUACUUUUACAACGUUUAUCACCGUCUUAUAAAGCUUUAAUUAUAACUCCAAGUUUUGUUAUAAUUGUUUUGACUUUAUUAUCAUUUUGGUUACCACCGCAAUCCGGUGAAAAAAUCCUUUUAAAUGGAGUAACAGCUUUAAUUAUAACAGCCUUUAUGAUGUACUUUACUCAAAAAAUUCCAGCAAUGGGAACACAUACCCCUUUAAUUGUUCUUUUUUAUACAAGUAGUCUUUAUGUAAUUUGUUUUUCGUUGAUAAAUUCCGUUGUUGUUAUUUGGAUGUCGAGAACUCCACAUGCAAAACCGGUACCAUGGUUUAUUAAAAACCUUCUUUUGGGAAAAUUCGGAAAUUGGAUUGGAUUAUCAAAUUAUGUAAAUCAAAAUUCAGUAAACAUUCAAAGAGUAACCGCUGAAGAAAUGCGUGAUCAUCAAGUGACGGAUUUCGAUGAUCAAUCUGAUGAUAAACAUUUUAUAAGAGCGUCAUCUCCGGUAAAUCACCAACAAGACUGGAUAAUGUUAGCUGUAGCCAUCGAUCGAUUAUCUUUCAUAUUUUACAGUUUGUUGUUCGCUAUUUUAGCGAUUACAUAUUCAAUUUAGUACAUAUAAAAAAUCAUUUCAUUUUACUACAAAAAUUUAUAUACAAAUUGUGUAAUAUAUUAGCACACUUUCUGCUCAAUGAAAAUAUAUUUUAUUCUAAACAA